AUUUAAGAUAACUCUGGUAAAGAUAUCUCGCAACGACCCGAACCACCCAAAAGAUUAAAUUAAUUCCACUACACACAGGAAGCAGCACCAUGACGGUCCAAAAAAAUCUCAGCUCUUCUUUGAUGGAGCUCGUCAACAUUGACCACGAAAUGGAUUGGAGCGACUUUGACGAGGUCGUCAAGUUUCUCGAAGAGAACCUGUACAAAGUCAUUGCCGAAGUGCACGGCUUUGACAAGCUCCUGGUGGAUGAUGGCAAAACCCAGCUUAACUGUCCACCCGCGGCGGAAUCGGGUGAUUCGCACGGCAACCUUUUGUUACGCACCUUGAGCGAAAAGGAAACCUCCAGCGGCUUGACCCUCAAGCGAGAAUUCAAAGUGCACGACUGCGGCGUCGAUCCUGACAAUGAAGACAACCACAAAGUAGAAAUCCGGGAAGAUGUCGUCAAGGCGCCGACCGAGUCCGGGCAACCCCCGGCCAUGUCCGAGAACGUCGUGACCGUCAGCAUCCCCCUAGCGUAGAAAAUUUGCCGAAAUUGCCCUUUAUUGAUAAAGAUGCGUCCGAUACAACGUUGGAAGAAUCUGUGCUUUGUCUGGGCUACACAUACAUCAAACAAAGCAUAUAGUAGAAGACCAAAGUCGUGAAAUUGAAAGCAUGCAAAAUAUAAGAUACUUGAUAGCAUACGUGAUGUAGUC